AUGCCCAACCCAUUCAGGGGAGCUACAUGGCUCUACCCCCUCAAGGGAGUCUACUAUUUCCUUGCUCACCGCUUUCUGUGGACUUUUCUUAGAGCCCGUCUCCUUCCUGUCAUCCUCCUUUCUGCCUUCAUCUACGUCAACUUAUUCGUCUGGACAUACCUUCCUCAGGUUGCUAUACUGCACAUCUUCCAUGGCCCUGCUGCAUGGGUCAACGCAGCGGUUCUGGUCCUCGGGGAGGGUCAAGUCAUCAUAGCACUUCUUUUUGAAGCUUUCCUAGUUGAUGAAACUCUGGUGGAUAUCUUCGAUUCUGUCCUAAUCAACGAGGGCCUCCAAAAUCUUGUCUCCCAGGCUCGGACGCUAGACCCGGAGGCUGAGGGCCCAGCAAAGAUGCUUGGGAAGCCUACGAAGAGUGCGAUUUACAGCCCUUUCAGCCUGCGACAAAUCAUUGAAUUCAUCAUUUUUCUGCCACUCAACUUCAUCCCGCUCGGUAUAGAGCUGGUCCAUUCCAUCAUUGGAGAUAUUUCAAGCUUCUGGGAUUAA